AUGGCCGAUGAUGAUAUCCCGAUGUCCGAAGGUACCUCUACGACCACUCCAGUCACGUCUACGAUCCCUCCAGCCACCGCUACAAACCCCCUUGCCGAUUCUGUCAGUGCUCUCAUUGCCGACGCUCUCAAACAACAAGCUGCUCAAUUCGAGGCCAUCGUUGGCGGACUUCAAACUCAAAUUGUCAAUUUAAGUGUUGGAACCUCAGCCAAGAAGGACAAGAACCGGCAGUCAAGCUCCUCAACCAACCCCUACACCACACCAUCUACGUCUAGAACUGCUCCCCGCCAAUCAACUAGUGCCACCAAGACCUCGAAGUCCACUCCGAAGUCUACUUCAAAAUCUACUCCCAAGUCAAAUCAAAAGACGAAGAAAUCACCCGAAGCCCCGCGAAAACGUCACGUUCUUCAAGUGUUUUCAAGCGAGCUGGCGUCUGAUUUCAAGAGUACCAAGGAAGCGCUCUAUAUUCACAUCAAAAUGAUGUGGGGAUUAUUUAAGAAGAAUGAUGUUCCACCUCCUCCCAACCCCGCUCUGUUGAAGGAGUUCUAUUUACGAUUUUCGAACUCAGACGAAAUCGACCACGCCAUCAAGAACCCCACCUCUGCCGAUGUGGUUGCACAGGGUAGUAUCAUGACAUUAAGGAGUGCAAAGGAAGGUCAGAUCAAGCUAGGCCGUGGACUUGCAAACAUCAGCAACAUGCAACUACUUUACAUUCACGGUGUCUUGGCGCGAGUGGGAAUUCGUAUUUGGGCUCCGGACCUCAAUGAUGCAUACGACUCACUUUACAACAACGCUUGUCGAAUGGUUGCAUUGGAUACUUUUCGCCAACUCUUAUCUUGCGGCUCUUACAACUACAUGAAUGCAAAUAUGAAACACGUCAACUCAAUGUCCGACAUGAUUGCUGCUUACAAUCAUUACGUCCACUUUCUCAAAGCUGGCGAGUUCCGAGCUGAAAGCAAAACCCCCGGUCGCAAAGCUCAACUCAGCAGCAGGAAGACCAUCCAAAAAAACCGCGAACGAUUGGCAGAUCAGCGUCAAGAGUAUCUGUAUGACAAUCGUCACAAGUAUGGCAAACGAUAUCAGGACUUUGUUGCUCCGACGGCGGCGCACAGUGAUGACGAGGAGAACCCAGAUGGUUCAAACACAUUCACCAUCAAAACACUGGGUUAUCGCUCACCAAAUGCAAACAAGUUUAUGCGAAGACUGGAUUACGAGAUGAAGCAAGCUGGUUAUGGAAGCAACAUGCGAGUCCGCCGACUGCCAAAGUGGCACCGAAGCCUUCCAGCUGGUCGCAGACGAAGAAUUGGGAAACGAGAUCGAGUUACAUUCCUUCCAGAUGCCAGUCGUUCAUUGAUGAAGGUUCCACACCCCGACGAGUUAUUGUCAGAUUCCAGGUUUACGGCGAAGUAUUUGGAUAUCAUCAAGGACGCCUACCAGUUUUCGGAUGAUGAAGACCAUGUAGAUGCUGAAAGCGAAGAUGAAGAAGAAUCCGAAGAUGAAGACGCAAUAGAUAUUGAUGCUCCACCCGAAGAUGAUGAGUCUUCUGAAUUUUACUCAGAUGGUGAGUAUGGGGACUUGUACGAUGAAGAGGAGGUGGAUGAUUCGGGAAAAGGAAAGGGGAAAGGUAAAGCCACGGUGGAGAUUGAAAAAGACGAUUAA